UGACAAACGCUGCAGACACCAAGUGGACUUUGGCCACAUAUCUCUUGGAUUUUUAAAUGUGUAUGGUUAUAUUUGCCCCGAUUUUUGCCAUUUGUGCGUUUGCAACAUGCGGAGGCUACUAUGGGCACCUCCGGGUUAAAGUGGACUGUGCAGACAGCACACUGAGUAACAGGAGCAUCGACGUUGAUUUUGGCUAUCCAUUCAGGUUACAACAAGUGCAUUUCAAGGCUCCACUAUGUGAGACAAAGAGGGAGGAAAUUCUCUUCCUGGACGGCGACUUUUCCUCAGCAGCUCAGUUUUUUGUCACCGUGGGCGUGAUCACGUUCCUCUACUCUCUACUGGCAACUGUGGUCUACAUCUUCUACCAGAACAAAUACUUGAAGAACAACCGAGGCCCGCUUGUGGACUUUGCAGUGACAGUGAUCUUCGCCAUCAUAUGGCUCAUCAGCAGUUGUUGUUGGGCCAAAGCGCUCUCUGAUAUCAAGACGGCUACGAGGCCUACCAAAGUGCUGCUGCUCAUCCCUGCCUGCUCGGUUCGGGAGAACAAAUGCACAGCUGCCCAGGGAGCUCACUGGUCUCGUCUCAACAUGUCGGUGAUUUUUGGUUUCGUCAACGUCAUCCUUUGGGCUGGAAACAUUUGGUUUGUCUUUAAAGAGACGGGCUGGUACAAGAUGGGGCUUAGGUAUCCCACCAGGAGCGCUUCUGGGAAACGUGAAAUGCGUCAGCGGCUCUACAGCGAGAGCAGCUUCGACCUUCCAGAGGAAAAUUUUGGUCCUCAGCCGUACAGACAGAACAACUUCAACCAGACAAAAGGAGAUUUGGGGAUGCAGGUGUCCCGCCAAGGCAGCUUCAACCAAUCACAAGUGAGCUAUGGCCUUCCGCAAACCAAUCUCGGGAAGCCAGUCAUUUAUGACAGUAAAGGAGGGGCCCUGUGAUCAUUGUCAAGGAGAAGUAAUUUUGCCUUAUGUUUAUUUUAUCGAAUACUUAUUGAAUACUUGUAUUACAGUAACAUUGUGUGUUUCAUACCUCUAAAACCUUUGAUGUCAUCUUUACUGACCACAUCAUUUAAAUCUAAACAACAAAACAAAGAGAGGUUUGAAAAAGUGGAAAAUGUAUGUGGUGGUACUAGGGUUAGCUAUGUAGUUCAGUUAUUGUUGACUACUUCUCUGAAUGGUCCAUUAUAUAUGUCUGGUAUCAAAAUGUGGUAUCUAUUGAUUCGUAUAGAUGUAUAACAAACAUAUUUAAGAAUAAAUAAUAGAGCAAAUGGUACUGUGUUCAAGCACAUUUUUGGUUAAACUGCACAACUUGAAGCUGUACAUCAUUAUACAAUAUUCUUUGUUGAUAUUGUUUUUAAAUUUUAACGUGUUCAUAUAAAAUAUAGCUGUAGCUAACUGUCUCAGGUAGUUUAUUGCUGGCUAGUAAUUUGCAGAAGGAAACAAGGAAGAUUUUUCAUGAUCACCGCUAUGGACCCCGAAAUGAUUUAGAGCUGCACCAAGCAUUCCAGACCACAUUUGAGCUUCAUUAUUUAUUAU